AUGACUCUGUGCUACCUCAUGGCCAUGGUCCUCAACAUGGGCCACAAAGUGACCCAGAACGCAAGCAAGCUGGAGCACAGACACCGCUGCGGGCACCUCACCAAGCACACCAGGUUUGUGUGUGGCAUGAUCCUGGAGGUGUGUGGCUUUGCCCCCUACAAGCAGUGUGCCAUGGAGCUGCUCAAGGUCGCCAAGGAGAAGCAAGCCCUCAAGUUCAUCAAGAAGAGGGUCGGGGCACACAUCCAUGCUAAGAGGAAGUGCAAGGAAUGA